CGCCUGAAGCCGGCAUACCCUCGAAGCGUUACGUUGGCGUGCCAGGAUCAUCGAUAUCUCGCGAGUGCCGGGAUCUUGCAUUACCCCGAAAGUUGCCAUUGCCGGAUCCUCCACAUCCAAGAUAAAUCCCUCCCCAGCGUCGGGCUUCUGGCCAUGAGACCCCGUCACAGACCCACGGAAGAGCUGCCCCCGGCCGAUCUAUCCAGCGCCGUCGUCUUCGUUGUCACAGGUAAGUUCUGCGGGAAUUUGACUUAGGGCUCGGGCUCGGGCUCGGGCUCGAAUUGUGAGACUUAUAUGCUGCAAACGCCAGGGGCGCCCGGCGCCGGCAAGACCACCGUCGCCGUCGACCUGGCCAAGGACGAAGAGCUCGGCUACCUGGAGAUCGACGCCCUCAUCGAGCAAGAGGAGCGCAGGCUGGGGUUCAGUCUUUCGAAACCGGUCCCCGACGGCGAGGGCGAGCACAGGAUCGUUCCGAGCGCCGUGCUCUUCAACCUCAUCAAGCAGGAGAUCGCGGAGCAGAUGGCCGCGGACGUGUACGAGUUCGUCAUCGACGGCCUCGUCAUGAUGCCCGAGGCGCAUGACUUCUUGGAUCGAGUAGGUAUACCGCCAACAGGACCUGGGCUGUGCUAACGGGUGGUGUACAGUGCUUCAAUUUCCAGCACACCCUGCUGCUGCACGCCGACG